GUGAAACAUCAAUCGAAAGAUUUGUCCAAACAAGGAUCACGAGAAGCUAACCUGGAAAUGGAGUUUACUGCCAAAAGAGGAAGGGGGAGUAGUUCGACCAGAAACUGGUAUUUAUGUUUACCGUUGAAGGGAGAUGUCCCGGAAAAAGGAGAGGACAUUUGA